CGACGACCCGCCAUUGUGAUGCACUUUUUUGCCCUGCAGCUGGUGGCGAGACAGAUAUGCGCGAAUCUUUGCGACGUGGAUCUCUAGCAGAGUAAUUACAGGAAAGUCCUUGCCUAUAUCUCCAGGGCGACUACAGUGCGCGACCGGACUACACCUACACAGGGACCACUCAUCAGCAACAGUUUGAGCUUCGCAUCGGGUCGUUCACAUACAGCAUGCUCGACUGGAAACUGCCCGCUUUCAGGACGGAUUUUGACACUGCGCCAUCUCGAUAGUACUCGAUCUGUGCUCGUCAUCGAGGAUUUGGCCCCAAUCGGCCCUCACGUCGCGAGCAUCUUGACAAGGUCCACUCCCGAGGUCUCCCGUUCUCCACGAAAUCAUCGGUGUUUAGGAUGGCGACUGCCUUGAGAAUGUCCAGCCAGGAGGCCUCAACGCAUCCAAGAGUCUCGCUAACGGCAUCAGCGACGAGCGGGAUCGGCGAGGUGGGUAUCCAUCGGCAGCGAAGUAAUGCUUCGCGGCGCUUCCGACAUCGCGGAGAAGCUACACGGGAUCGGGAUGUUUUCCGACAUCUCUUUACCUGGGCCGGUAUCUUCGGCGCAGACUUUAUAAACACUCGCGUUUUCCAACCUCUUCAGCUGCAAACUUCGACGCCACAACCACAAGCUUGUCCGGAUACAUCGCUUGUCGCCGUAGCACAGUUAGCUGCCCUCCGUCUGAAGGCUCGGAAUUGCCUAGUCACACUGUGUUGUAGGAAGAAUGAAUAUGUCUUGGCCGAUGUAACUCAGACGACCUCACUACAAACUGAUAGAUAUGAUGAUCCUUCAGCAGAAGCACCGUGGAUCGGCACGUCCUUCUUCGACAAAGCUCAUGGUCUCACAAGCUACGCUCUCGAGGAGUGGCAAAGGGCGCGACGGCCACGUGAGUGUCCGGACGAGCCUGACCACUACUAUACGCCUCAGCUUUCGGAGCACUGUUACGUUAUUAGUGACGUUCGCAAGAAUGCGCGAUGCAAGCAGACCGAGAUGAUCCGGAAAACUCCGUGGAUUCGAUUCUAUUGUUCUGUGCCGCUUAGAGGAGGCCAAGGAUCAGUGAUAGGCGCAUUGACGAUCCUGGACGAUCAGCCACGUUACGGCAUUAGCCAUCGUGACCUUACAUUGAUGGAGGCUCUCUCAGAUACCAUUGUGGAACAAUUGCACGCAACCGUCGUUCGCGCACAGCAGCAGCGGAGUGAACGUUUGAUGCAGAGCAUGUCACUAUUCAAUGAUGGCGAGCGAAGUAUGCGAGACUGGUGGAUGUCUCAGGAUGACGCAAGAGUACACAACAAAGGACGUAUGCAUCUCGUCAACAACGCUCGACAUACCGUGCAGGGCUCAAAUAGAGCUGUCAGGGCUGAUGCGGAAUUUGGUCGACAAGGAACCCCUGUGCAGCAACAAGAUACGGCGAGCCACGCCUCAGACAACGUCCUCUCAGUAAGAGCUCCAGAUCGGGUGGCAGCUGUUGCAGAAUCAACUUCUCAGCCCCAAUCGCGCGCCAAUGUCACGGAUGUCAAGGAAGCUAGAGCUGGUGAACGACGUACGAAUCAACAAAAGCGUAGUGCUGAAGAUGGAAACGAUCUUGCCACAAGCACAUUGGCGGCAUACAGCCGUGCCGCCAACCUCAUGCGAGAAGCAAUGGGGAUUGAGGGCAUUGUUUUCAUUAAUUUGGAUCACUCCGCAGGUAACAUGAACCAGUUUCCCACUUCCAGCGAAAGUGGGGACAGUUCAGCAAGCGGCGAGGAGAACCAGAGUUGUGAUGUCUACAGCUCAUCAGUGAGACACUCGUCGUCGGACGGCCGCAUUGGAAUAGUGAACACAAUCAAACUUCGCGCCAAGCAGCUUCGACGCAUGAUUCGCUGUCAUCCCCAUGGAGUCGUGUUGCAAAUAGAGGCCGAUGGAACGAUUCUGAAUACGUCCAGUGAUGACUCUGACCAGUCUGGUUCGAACAAUGAACGAGAACGCCUAAAUCGUCAGGUCAAGCAGGACAUGCAAACACUCGGAGCCCUGGUACCCAACAUCUCUUCAGCUGCCUUGUAUCCUCUCCGCGACGACAGCAAUGGACAAUGGCGCUCGUGUAUAUUCGCGUGGAGUACGAAUCUGAACCGCAUUCUUGACAAAAACCAAGACCUAGCUUACAUGCAGUCCUUUGGUCACUCACUCUUGUCAGAGCUCGCGCGGCUGGAGGCUCUAGCCGCGGAUUAUGCAAAAGCGACGUUCAUCUCGUCCAUUAGUCACGAGUUACGCUCGCCUCUACACGGCAUACUUGCGGGCGCCGAAUUCUUGCACGGGACGCAUCUCGACUCGUUCCAGUUGGAAAUGACUCAAACGAUUGACACUGCAGGCAAGACUCUUCUCGAUACAGUGGACCAUAUCCUUGAAUUCUCGAAGAUCAGUUCAAAUUCGCGCGCAUCACGAAUGGAGCGCCAGCGUCGAAAUCCCGUCUCCACCUCAUAUCUUAAUUCCAAGAACGAGCAGGUAGUCCCAGUCGACUUAGCACAGCUCACCGAAAACGUCGUCGAGACUUGUGUCUUUGCGUAUAGAUCACAAACGUCCACAGCUCCGCAAAGCGAUAUUGUAAUGACUGGAGGCUCCAGCCCACUCACUCCACGAUCCCCUGUGUCAGGCCCGCUCCUCGCAUCAUCUGGCGACGUCGCCAUCACCUUAAACAUCAGUCAUCGAACAAGCUGGCAGGUCAGAGUCGACUCAGGCGCCUGGACGAGAGUUCUCACCAAUCUGGUGGGAAAUGCACUGAAGUAUACACAUCGCGGGCACGUUCUGGUUCAUCUAGAUGCUGUCGAGCCGGUGUGGCGUAAUGAGGAUUCGCUAUCACCGAAAGGCCCAGCCUUGGUUCAUCUAACAAUCGAGGACACCGGAGUCGGGAUGUCAGACGUGUUCCGCAAGAGCGGCGCGUUCAUGCCGUUCAAGCAAGAGAAUCCUCAUUCGUCGGGAGUCGGACUUGGACUGAGCAUAGUCAAACAGAUUGCACACGACAUGAAUGCUACUUUAAGCUUGGAUUCUAAGCUCGGCAAGGGAACCAAAAUUACCCUUUCGAUUCCAAUUAAAUUCUCCCCGGAAAAUACGACAGUGAAUUCAAUUGGAGCAUCGCCAGGUAAUGGCGAAGAUGCCAACAUUCCAAACAAAGCGAACAUCUUUCACAUGCUUGCACCGCCGUCCACUUCAGGCGUUGGCAAUCCAGGGUCAGAUGAUAGUCUUACCAAAGCAGCACUCGAACGUAGUCUGCUGGACAACGCUGAAGCGUGGCUUGGCUGUAGCGUGUCUCCAGUGACACAGCUCGAGCCGACGCAUGCUUUGACACCGGCCUCUGUCUGCGCCAUCACUGAAAGCGCGUUCAAAGCAUGGAAGCAGCAGCAGCCUCAGCGCCUGUCGAGAUUUGUCGAAAUAGUCCGAGGGAGUAAGGCUCAUCUUCUGAUCGUCGCUGAAACCAUUCGAUCUGUGGUCCCAGAUCCAGCCUCUGCCAAUCCGACAUUGAAUCAAGUAUUUAUUCAUCAGCCCAUCGGACCUGCAAAACUCCUACGGGCGAUUGCGAUCGACAAAAGUAGUACGGCGUCAGAUUCUAUGGCGUAUGACUCGCAAAGUGAUUCGUCCACUGCAAGCUCACCUGUGCGAGAUUUGGCUUUGCCGGAAUACUCUGUCAAGUCAAAUUGUACGGAAAUUCGACGCCCAGGAAUGGGAUUUCGAUCCGACUCCAAGGUACACAAGGGUCAAAGUAGGACCUCAUCCCUCAUGUCGGUCUCGAGCUUGGGCCAUACCUCAGAUCGUGGACGACUUUCACCUCCGCCUUUUACCCUCGCGAGCAUACCUUCAAAUUAUCUUGGCAACGAUGUAAUGCAGGACAGCCGGGACACGGUUCUGCUGGUCGAGGACAAUGAGAUCAACAUGAAGCUCCUGGUGGCCUUUAUGAGGAAACUCAAGACUCCAUUCCACUGCGCGGCCAACGGUCGGGAAGCCGUCGAUAUAUUCCGUCGGACUCCACGAACAGUAUUUCUUGUUCUGAUGGAUAUGAAUAUGCCUGUCAUGGAUGGAUUUACCGCGACUGCGAAGAUUCGCGAAACCGAGGAGAAACUAGGCCUUUCACGGGCGUACAUCAUGGCACUAACAGGUGGCACAGAUGAUACAAGUAAGGCUCGAGCCUUUGCGUGCGGCGUCAAUGACUUUUACUCGAAGCCGGUGCGGAUGUUGGAGCUGAAGAUGGUCCUGGAAAAAGUCCGGCAGGGUACGACGAAGUUGGAUGAAUGAUGUGUCGAUGGGUAUGAAAACGAGAUAUUUUGACUAGCGAGAUACCCUGGUCGCCGACAUUGUAUUAUUUGUACACAAAGUCCGAUGCUAUGGACCAAAUUAUGCAAACAUAUCGGACACUUUGCGGACGCAAACCUGAGAAUUGCGUAUUGAGGAUCGGCAACAAUCUGAUCUAUGAUGACCCUUUUUCAACGAGCAUUCUCCUGGUUGUUCGAGGUUGUCGAAGGUGAGUUUCAUCGGUCUGAUCAGUCCGGUGCAGGUCGUUCCAGCAC